UCUCCUUCGCGGUUAACAUCCAGCCACAUGAGUUUCUCGACCUGUCGUCUUCGUUACGCGCCACCUGUCCCUCCCUCUAGAGCUGUCUUCCUCUGAAUCGUCACUUAAAAAACUCGUCCCCAACCUCCACCGGAACGCGAUUUCCCGCAGAACCAGAAUUUCGCACCGUUACCGGAGUUUGACAGAGCCACAGAGAAAGAGAUAGAGAGAGAGAGACGAAGGAGGAGAGCAGUUUCCAUCGAAAUGAGGACCGUUGCGUCGCGGUUGAUCGACUCUAGAGCUUCUCUAUCUAGAUUGUAUACAAUGGCGGCGGGGUACGGUGAGCGGAGAUGUUUCUCAAAUGAUUCUAAUAAGGUGGAUGAGCCUUUCAAGGUCGAGGAAGCAGAAACUGUGAACGUCCCUCCGCCACCUCAAGAAAAGUUGCUGGUGUUAGGUGGAAAUGGUUUCGUUGGCUCUCAUAUUCUCAGAGAGGCUCUAGAUCGAGGCUUAUCUGUUGCCAGCCUUAGCAGAUCCGGGAAGUCAUCAUUGCAUGAUCCAUGGGCUAACAAUGUCACUUGGUAUCAAGGGAACCUUCUUUCACCCGAUUCCUUGAAGGAUGCUCUCGAUGGCGUCUCUGCGGUUAUUUCCUGUGUUGGUGGUUUUGGCUCACAAUCUUACAUGUACAAGAUCAACGGAACUGCGAAUAUCAAUGCUAUUAGAGCUGCUUCAGAGAAAGGUGUUAAAAGAUUUGUUUACAUCUCUGCUGCUGAUUUCGGCUUGGCUAACUACAUACUGCGAGGAUAUUAUGAGGGAAAGAAAGCUGCUGAGGCAGAAUUACUUGCGAAAUUUCCAUAUGGAGGAAUAAUUCUGCGACCAGGCUUUGUCUAUGGGACUCGUGGUGUUGGAAGUCUGAAGUUGCCUCUUGGUGUGAUUGGUUCGCCUAUGGAGAUGGUUCUUCAACAUGCAAAGCCGCUAAACCAGCUUCCAUUGAUUGGACCUCUGUUCACACCUCCUGUGGAUGUGAAUGCGGUGGCCAGGGUGGCAUUGAGGGCGGCAACCGAUCCAGUCUUCCCACCGGGGAUCAUAGAUGUUUAUGGGAUCCAGCGUUACAGACAAUGAAUGUGAAGAUUAGAAACGUUAGCUCUCUAUACUCGCUGUUCUCUUUCAUUCAUAGUUACUCUCCUUUGUGAACAGUUGAAACUGUAGAGCUGCUGGCCAUGGAACCUUUUUCCAUAUAGGCUGGUAAGCAGGAAGUUCCCUACUAUGGUCGGAAGAAAAUGACGAGGAAUAAGUUCGUCGAGAAUUAGUAUAGAAACUGUUACUGUUCUGGUGACAGAGAUGAGCAGAAGAUUUAUGUACCGGGGGUGUGGUAAUCUUAACUUCAAUAACCUACCAUGAACCGACUUUACACAAGAAACUAUGUGAAUAUACAUGUAGUAAUACUUUUACCAGGACGGUUUUGUUUCGUCAUCAUACGAUCUUUCUUGGUGUCUCAUAAUUUCAUCAUUAGUGUUAGCAUCAGCAAUGUGUGCUUCUAUUGGAAUUCGGAUGCGAAUCUAUGUUCAUCGCACCUGUCUAAGCUACCGUGUUGUCAUGCAACUCCGACGAAGCUUCUAUCAGCGUAGUAGGUUUGUGGGUUGAAUCCACAGAGAUUCUAUCAGCGGAGUAGGCGAUUGAGGAGAAUCCAUGGAAAAGUCCAUGCGAACAGAAAACGCGGAGGGAGUCAUCGCAUUCAUGUUGGCAAGAUGAACUUCAGUACCAACCCUGUCGUCCCUGGAAGUAUGGCACGUGGGAUUUAUCUUGUAGCAGAUCGUGAACGGAUUCAGAAUUCUUCUCCAGAAGGAAGGGUUUGAUUGCGAAUCGUCUUCUUCGGCCGGCACCGGAAGCUUCCUAUGCUUGUAAAUGGACACGGCGGCAAAAAUACAGAGUGCUGAAACUGUAGCCACUACUCCAGCGAUCAGAAACAGGCACCAGAAGCUUUCUAGCCCAAGCUGGUUCUCUGAAGAAACCGAGGUACUAUAUUCCUCCAGCCACCUCCUCCUCUUCUUCCCAUUUCUUGCUUCUUCUAUUUUGGCCAUCUUAUCUCCCUCAGCUACGUUCAGGACUGCUCUUGAAAUGUCUGGAACUAGUGGGGAGCCUUUGGGGAAGACCUGCAAGCAUGUCAUCAAGAAAUUUACUUACACAUGUACGGUGAUCGCCAUUAAUAUCUAAUGAAUGUUCGACAAUGUAUGCAGGGCAAAGCUCACAAAGCCAAAGCCGCCAGUUUUAUAAGUCGGGUUGAUCAUUGUGUACUUGGGACUGUGCUUGGCCAGGAACAGCUUCAUGUAUGGAACUUCAUCGAAGGCCGCUGCAAUUUUCCCCUGGCCGAAAAGCGAGUCACAUUCGUCCAAGUUAUGGUAAGGGACGAGCCUGUCAUCUCGGAACCCCAAUUGUUUCAGCAGGUCGCGCACAAACGAUCCGUCCUGGUACCCAACAAAUUCCCCCUUCCUCAGCAGCUCGUUCAUGUCUGCCGCCGUCGUUGGCUGCAGCCUUUGCAUAGUUUGGAGGUUCGUGAAGCUGGCGGUGUAGCUCAUCGUCAUGAUCAGCACCACAAAGCACCACAUUAUCACCACCGUCCUCGCCAGGUUGCUCGCCACGUUUUCUCCUGCAAUUUGAUAUAACAUGGUGCAGUAGUAGUGACUAGUUAAGUACCCUUUUCAAUGUCUGUAGCAUACCCUUUUCUAACAGUUACUUAAACUUACUGUGAGCGAAGACCAUGGCGGAGAAGGAGAACCAGAUGCCAGCUUUGUGUGAAGGCGGCCCUCUGAAAUCCUUACUGAUCAUCCUGUGCUCGAAUACCCACACCACGAACCCAAUAAAGAGGAAGAGGAAGAACACGGUGACCCAAACAUUCCACGUCAGUGGCUUCAAGAACAACCACGGAUUCUUGCUUCCAUUUGGCUUCGCCGGCACCACCAUCGACACUCCUGAUUCUGUGUACGGCAGCGCGAAGUCGACGUACUUUGACCUAUCGGCGAUGAUGGUGAUAUCUCCGACCACCGCGUCGAAGUUCCCUAAAAAGACCUGAUAGACAAGGUCGCCGUAAGUCCCGGCGAAAGGCACAUACUCAAAGGGAAGCGCAUAGGGCAGCGCCAGGACGACGGCUUCGAAGACAUCAAUGGAGUAGCCAGUCACGCUCGUCUUGUUGGUUUCGGGAUCUGUAGUCACAGAAACAAACUCGCUGAAUCCGUCUCUCAUGGGGACGCCGAUCCUCAGCUUCUUCCCUCUCGUCGUGAUCCCGGACUCUUUCGGAGCCAUUGCCCGAUCCCCCGGCCAUAUCAUCGGCCCCAGGAUUUCCCUCAACGGCGAGCUUGUUACCCACGUCGACGAGUUCAUCAGUUCUUUAACCAGCAUCUCGCCAGAUGUCCAAAACGCAGCAACUCUAGCUCCGUUCCCAUGUACAUUCACAACCUCAUUAGACGAGUGGAAAAUGGAGCUACGGUAAGGGACGCAGGCGUCGACGGCUUCGAUGGUGUCGACUAAGGAAGGGACAAUGCAUUGGCCGAAGGCGUUGUCGAUCGGGAUGCUUUGUUGCCGGUCGACGGAUUUGGCUAUGGCGGUGGCUUGAGUCGAGUCAUUUUGAGUGGCGCGGAAGAAGUAUGGGCUGCCGAUGGAAGCGACAGUUGGGCUUGAUUCGGAGAAUGAAGUGAUGUGAACUUGGGCUUUUUCUCGCACUGCGAUCAUGCAAUUGGCCUCUAUUGACGUUUCUGGGCCCAGGAUUGCUUGGACUUGCACGUUAUUUGGUGCUGCCGCGUGUUCGUUGCAAUAGGAAGGUUAGAAAAUCCGAGAGAAUAUAAAUUAUUAAGAUGAGGAAUUUUCAUUUUUGUUCAUAUUUCAUUAGGGAUGGCAAUGGGUCGGGUCGGAGACGGAUAGUGCAUAUCCGUUACCUACCCAAAGUAGUUCGGAUUUUACCCAUACCCAUACCCACAUGUGAAACAUGUAGAAAAUUAAAACCAUGCCCAUACCCGUUCGGGUUUCGGAUACCCACGGUUAUCCAUGAGUAAUAAUUUCUCUU